AUGGGGAGUACUGGGGGGAACCCUGGCUGGGUGCGGCUCGCGCUCUGCCUGGCUGACUUAGUGCUAUCGCUCUACGCGCUGCACGUGAAGGCCGCGCGCGCCCUGGGCCGGGAUUACCGCGCUCUCUGCGACAUGGGCACCGCCAUUAGCUGUCCCGCGCAUCCUAUUGUUAGGUUGCCCGUGGACGCGCUGGGCCUCUGUCCUGCUGCUGCUGAGCUCCCUGCUGGCUCUGGCUGGUUCUGUCUACCUGGCCUGGAUUCUGUUCUUUGUGCUCUACGAUUUCUGCAUCGUUUGCAUCACCACCUAUGCCAUCAACGUGGGCCUGAUGUGUCUCAGUUUCCGGAAGGUCCAAGAACCCCAGGGCAAGGCUAAGAGGCACUGAGCCCUCACCCCAAGCCAGGCUGGCCUCAUCUGCUUUGCUUUGGCAUGUGAGCCUUGCCCAAGGAGGUAUAUCUGGGUCCCUAGAAGGCCCUAGAUGCAGGGCCAUCUAGAGUCCCUCCUCCCUCUGCCAUACCCACACAUGACAAUGGACCAAAUGUGCCACAUGCUCGCUCUUUUUUCCACCCAGUGCCUCUGACUCUGUCCCCAAGGGCUGGUCUCCGAAGCUCUUGCCAUUGCCCAGGGAGCGAAGGUUCUGAGCAAUAC